UAAUGUAUUUACAUAAUUAAGUCACGUUAUUUUGACUUUGAAACUAAUAGUCUUCAUAUUCUUGAACCAUAAUCUGGAUAUCGACAAAUUUGCAGUACCUCAUCAAAUUUAAUUAAUUUCGAGUUGCAUCUGGUGCAGACUUGCAAGAACAUGGCAGCGCCCAUGUGGAUCAACGCGUUGGAGGUGUAUGUCAAUGGACAUCAAGCUACAGGUGUUGACACCAUUUCAAAAGGUAUUAUUGGGAAAGAAAUACAGCUAGUUGAACUAAUAGAAAAGCUUGGUCCUCACUUAACCAGUGCUGACACAGCUGUAAGAUGUAGAGGAACACGACUAUUGGGAGAGGUUCUGCACAGGUUGCCAAAAGAUUUCCUCACAAUAAAGGAAGUGGAGCUGUUGGUAAACUUCUUCAGUGAUAGAUUAAAGGAUCAUCAUUCAGUGACUCCACAUGUGCUGUUUGGUUUACUUGCUAUGUCCACUUUCACCCACCUGCCACCUGGUAGUGGACAACAGAUGGUGAAGGAAGUAUCCAAAGAAGUGCAUGUUCAGUCUUUGGCUCAAGCAGACCGGCGAUCUGCAUACAGUAUACUAAUAAAUUUACUUCAUACUAAGAUGGAGGAACUUAAACCAAUGGGAGCAGACUUUGUAUAUAGCUUCAUCCAAACAAUGGAUGGUGAACGAGACCCACGAAAUUUGGUCCUUGCCUUCAAUAUUGUUCCUGUAAUAGUGCAGAACUUUCCUAUAGGAAUGUUUGCAGAGGAGUUAUUUGAAGUCACUUCCUGUUAUUUUCCCAUUGAUUUUACUCCGCCUCCAAAUGACCCCCAUGGAGUUACUAAGGAUGAAUUGGUGUUGGGUUUACAAAGGUGCAUGGCAGCCACUCCUCUGUUUGCCCAGUAUUGUCUGCCUUUGCUCAUUGAGAAGAUGACUUCUGAUGUACAGAGUGCAAAGAAGGAUGCUUUUCACACAUUAGCAAAAUGUACAGAAACCUAUGCUGCCAAAGAUUUCCAAGAAUUCCUAAGUUCUCUUUUUAUGUGUAUGAAGAGAGAGGUGCUGUCAGGUGUCAGUGAAAUGGUGGAAGGUGCUGCACUGAGUGCUCUUACAGCUGUGGUUUCAGUUCUCUCUACUGGUGUCCAGCAGAAAAACUCAGAAACAUUACUAGAUGGGUUUUUGAAGGACAUCAUCAAAGACUGUAGACACCACCUGACACAGCCAGAGCUGAAGUUAAUGUACCCGAGUGGGAAACUACUCCAGGCAGCUGCAGCAGGGUCAGACCAGGCUUGCUGUAUUAUACUGAGGGAGAUCAUACCUUUAUUACUGGAACAAUUUCAUAAACAUACUCAGGUGCUGAAUCGGAGGUCUGUACUCGAUGUGCUGCUGGGUUUUAUCAAGAUUUCCAAGAGGUUUAAUGGCUCAGAUGAGAAAAAUCCUGUUGCUGAGUACAAAGAUGCCAUAAUGACAGUGCUGUUUUCCUUAUUGAGUGAAACAAAUUUUCUGUUACGUUGUGCUGGGUUGACUGGCAUUGUGGGGAUGUUGACCUUGACUGGGGUCACAUCUGAGGAGGAGCAAUGUCUGGCAGCAGAACACAUGUUGAAGCUUGUGCUAGAGGAUAAAGAUUCAUCUGUUAGAACAGAAGCCACUACAGCCUUAACAUUUAUGAGCUCAGAAUUGACAUGGAUAGCCUGUAAAAUUGUAUUACCUAAAUUAGUUGAAUAUCUAAAAACAGAUUUCAUGGAAACAGACCAGAGCAGUCCUCAUUUGUCAAGUGGAUAUUUACUCAAUACCCUGGCUGCCAUAUCAGUACAUAAGGACAUAAUACAAGAAACAGUACCCAUCUUGUAUCAGCAACUGGAGGAUUUGACAAACAGACCAGAGACUGAUUACUCUGAGGCUGAAUUAUGCUUGAACUGCAUAGCAAACAUUGUGCAAUCUUCUGUCCAGGAAAAAGAAAAUUUAGACUUUUUUUAUGAACACCUGUUACAAAAGCUGCUGAAGAUAUCACUGCAAAGUUUUAUUAAUUAUUUAAGCAGGACUGAACAUGUUCUUUGGAAACAGGACAUUUUACUGAAAUUAUGCAGUGUCAUCAGAACUAUAUGUCAGCAUUUAUCACAGAGGCAGGGAGAGGAGAUGGUUAAAAAUGUACUUGCAGUAUAUGUUGAAGGGCAGUCCCAUUUGUGGUUAGGUGGAGCAGAGGCUGAGGGAGCAUUUAAACCAUUACAGGCUUCAUCACCUUGGCAACAGACCCAGGCACUGCAUGUCUUUUUGGCAGUUAUAUGUGCACUUCAUCAAAAUGUUUUGGUUCCUUCCUUAUACAGCCUAUUGGAUAUGUUGGUUAAUCUCACUCUACAGUUAUCACAUUCAUUGUCUCAGCUGGGGACAGUGAAAUGUUUAGCAGGGCUCAUCAACAAAGCUCCACAAGGCACAGAAUUGGAUUCUUAUCUUGAAUCUUUGAAGCAGAAGCUGGAGACUUUGCUGAACACAGGAGUUGAGAGUGGACAACACCAGGGAGCAGCACUUGUAUGGCAGUGGGUCACCAAGGCACUGGUACUCAGAGGUCACCCCAUUUCUGGAAAGUUUGUUGAAAAAAUGAUGACCUUUUUUGAAAAUUCUAACUUGAACAAAUUGGCAGCAGAUGGGUUCUACAUAGUUAUGGCAGAGUUUGAUGAUGUGAUGACAAAACACAUGCACGCAAUCAUCAGACCACUUUACAAACAACGCUUCUUUCACCUUACAUUACCUGGACUUAUUCAAGGUUUUAAUUCAACCAUUGCAGACAGAAAGCAGUUUUACCUAACAGCUUUGUCAUACUUGCUGAGAUUUGUCCCGAAGCAAGUCUUGCUGAGUGAAUUACCCCCACUUGUCCCCCUCCUAGUCCAGUCCUUGUUGAUAGAAGAGGUCAGUUUACAGCUGUCCACAAUGACCACAAUGUAUGAUCUGAUGCAUGAUGCACCACUUAUCCUGGGGGAAUACUUAGAUACUCUGAUACCUAAGUUUCUGAAGCUUUCUAGAUAUGAGCCAUCAAUGAAAGUGCGUAUAGCAGCCCUGCAGUGUCUAGGCAUGAUGACCACCCUGCCCCAGCACUUGACCACUCCACACCAGAAGACAGUGGUCAGAGAACUGGCGCAUCCUUUGGACGACAAAAAGAGACUGGUGAGAAAGGAGGCAGCACAGGCAAGAGGAGAAUGGUACCUUUUGGAAACCAUGCAGAAGUAACUUACAUCGAGUUCCAGAGAGGAAAUUUUGAUAAAAGCAUCAGGAAAGUUGAACUACUUCAGUGUAUGGACACUGACACAGCUUGGGAGAAAAGGCAAAUUUUAAUUGGUAACAGCCACCAGCAGUCUGUGCCUGGCACUGCAGUUUGCAGAACAGAAUUUCCAAAUGCUGUGUCUUCAAAAUAUUUAACAGGCUCUGUUGUACACAUCUCUGACAAGUGACAUGCUGCAUUUUUAGAUUUUGUCUGAAUUCUAUGUAAUGUUGUAAUGUAAUGUUGUCUCACUUUUCAUUAUUACUUCUUCAUUUCUGAGUUUUGAGUAGAAAACAUAAGUUAAUAUAUGUUCCAUAGAACAUUUAUCCCACAUGAUGCAUCCAUAACAAAAAAUUAAUUAAAGUGAUGUAAAAAAAAUCAAAUGAUUUUUAAUACUGGAUAUUUAGCUGUCGGAUUCAAAUUAAAUAAAAAUCAUGUAUUAUCGUAAUUUUAGAGAUAUAUUUGUUAAAUAUAUUCUGUAAGCACUAUUAUCUUCAAAGUAACAGUAAAUAUUUCAAUAAAGCACCCAUCACAAAUAGUCACUGCAUGAUUCAUUGUUCUUGUCUAAUUCGUUCAGGCCAUGAUUUGUUUCAUAUAAUAUAUAUGUAAACAUACAAAUGAAUAUUUUACCAUCAGGAUUCACGAAGACCACUGCUGCACAUAGUAUUUAGACCCUGUAAAUCAACAUUAUCACUAUCAUAAUGAUGAUGUGUUCAAAACUGAUCUCCCUAAAUUUCUAGUCUAAAAAAGACCCUGUUCCAUCUAGGUGGUGCCUGUUAAGAUACAAAAUAUAACCCUGUAAAUGUCUGGUUCCAGCAAACCACUUGACAAUGGCAAACAUACUUUUUAUUUCAAAAACUUGCACCUUACAGAACCUGGAUAUCAUUUUUGUUGAGUACUUUCUUUCAAUAAAAGCGAGAAGUGUUUUGGUAGAAGCACAUGUCAGCUCCUG